AUUCACCCCAAGCACCAGGAGGGCGCUACACGCCAGGUGAAGGAUAGCGCGAACGACAGCAAGCUCGGUAUGAAGGCCCAACAACAACAACAUGCAGCCGUGCAAGACCCCGAGGCCCGUGCCAAGCUGCGCCGUGUGGUGGCGGGCGUGCUGACCGGGGUAACCGAGCGCUUCCUGUCCCACCCCGUCGAGACGUGCAAGGUGGUCCUACAAAACACACCAGCCUCCGCCUCAGCCGUGCAGGUCAUCUCCUCGCGAUGGCGCGACAAGGGCCUCGCCUCGUUCUACCGCGGUACGACAACCAACUGCUACUACUCUCGCCUUUGCAGGGUGUUG